CCCCCACUUGGUUAUUUCAAAACGACUACACGAGCAAGUGGAAAUAAUGAAAACGUAGAAGGACUUACCUUCGUGCACGUUCUUGCAACAGACCUUAAUCGCAAGAGAAAGAGCGAAAAGAAACGUGAUCGAGCUACACUCUCCUUCAGUAUACGAAUACAACUGACACAUUUAUGGUCGUCCAUUAUCACAGAGAGAGAGAAAAACAGCGGAAUCAGUGACGAAAACAUAAAUAAAUUUGAAAAAUUUUAAAUUUUUAUCUGCUCGCCCGUUUUCACGUCUUCGAAAAAAAUAAAAUCGACGCAAUGAUAUCAGAAUUUGUUCCUUUUUGGGCAAAGUACUGGCGUUAUAUAAUAAUCAGCCUCAUAACAUACGUUAGCGUUGUUCUAUUGACACGACGAGGGAAAAACAAGGAUUCGUAUCCGUGUGAAAAAUCAUUGAACAACGAAUUAACAGUGGAAGAUCAAAAUCAUAGUGACAACGGUGAUUUAGAAGAGCCAGUGCCAGCGUUGCCCCAAUUCUUGGAGCACGUGCCUUACGACUACGUAAAACCGGAUGAAAGUGACGUCAAGAAAAAAGCUCGUGAAUUUUAUUCCAUUGCAAAUGCUCGUAGAACUGUCAGAUUUUUUAGUAACGAAAACGUGCCGAAGAGUGUCAUUCACGAUCUUAUAAGGAGUGCUGGUACCGCGCCGAGUGGGGCACAUACGGAGCCGUGGACAUUCGUGGCCAUAUCGAAACCGGAUUUAAAGCAAAAGAUACGAGAAAUAAUAGAGAGAGAGGAAGAAUUGAAUUACAAAAAGCGAAUGGGAAAAAAGUGGACGACCGACCUCGAGCCACUGCGGACGAAUUGGAUCAAGGAAUAUUUGACUGUUGCACCGUGGCUGAUACUCGUUUUCAAACAGACUCACGGCUGGUUGUCUGAUGGAAGAAAAAAAAUGCACUAUUAUUCCGAGAUGAGCGUUUCGAUUGCUUGUGGAAUUCUCAUAACGGCCAUUCAGUACGCGGGAUUGGUGACUCUCACAUCGACGCCCUUAAACUGUGGGCCUUCGCUCCGUCAAUUACUGGGACGUCCAUCCUCCGAGAAAUUAUGUCUCCUUCUCCCGGUUGGAUAUCCGUCGAACGAGGCGACAGUACCAAAGUUGACGCGAAAGUCCCUCGACGAGAUCAUGGUGGAAUAUGAUUGAUCACUAAAAAAACCGACGAAAUCAUGAGAAUUUCAUUCCCUCCAAAUCAAUUAGAAUACGAAAAUUAAUUCGAAAAAACCUACAUUUCUCUCGAUAAGCUUCGUUUCGUCUCACCUUAACAUAAAAACCUUCAAAUCAUGAAACACUUUCAAUCUUU